AUGGGCGCGCUGAACUCGCGCACGCGCGACGUCGAGGAGAGGCUGCGCGCGAGAGACGCCGAGCUCGCGACGGUGAAGCAGCAGUUCCAACAGCUCACGACCGACUUCAAGUACAACCUGAAGCUCGUCGGCGAGCGCGACGCGGAGUUGGAGCGGCUGGACGCCGCCGUCGCGUCGUCGCGCGCGGCGGUGGAGAAGGCGGAGGUGGAGGCUGCGAACGCGAAGAGCGCGUGCGCGGACGCGCAGGGCGAGCUGCGAAGAGAGAAGGCGCGGAUCGAAGAACUCGAGGCGUACCACAAGGAGAAAGUGUCAAGACUGCAGAAGAACGCGGACGACGCUCGGUACGCGCGCGAGGACGAGCUCGCGCGCCAGAAGGAUGACUUCCAAGCGCUCGAGCGCCAGCUCCUGCGCCAGCUCGAGGAGCAGAAGAACCUUCUCGAGACGCAGAGGAUGACGAUGCUCGAGGAGGCGGCGCGAAAUCGCGACGACGCCGAAUCCGCCGCGCGCGAACCCGUCGCGAGGCUCGAGGCCGAGCUCCAGACGGAGAAAGCGAACGUCGUGGGGCUCGGGAAAGAGCUCGACGCGGAGAGAGCGCGCGCGGAGGAGCUGACGAGGGAAAUCGCGGCGCUGAGGGAGACGAUGCCGAGAGAACGCGCGCGCGCGGAGGAGACGUUUCGCGAGAAGGAGUCGGCGGCGACGGCGGCGAUCGCGGCGAAUCACCGCGAGAUCGACGAGCUCAAGCUCAGGGUUCGGACGCUCCAAGCCGCGAACGAGGACUUGAAAGAGAGCGCCGCGGAGGCGAGCGACGCCGCGAAGAAGAACGCCGCGGCGCUGCGGCGCGAGCGCGAGGAGAGAGAGCGCGUCGAGAACGACGCGUACGACGACGACGACGACGGCGCGUUCAUCGACGAGGGAUUCUUCGCGGACGCCGCGGGGUGGGACUCCGGCGCGCGCGCCGCGCGCGUUGACGACCGCGAGCUCAGCUUCGAGAGCCACGAGGGCCUCGCUCCGGGGGCGACCGGUCUGACUCCGCCGAGGAUCGGCGCGGAGAGGCCGGAGGUGCUCGCCGCGCGCGCGGGCGCGGCGGCGGCGAGGGCGGAGAUCGAACGCGCGCGCGUCGCGGAAGGCGAACCGACGCGAAUGCGAACCGACGCCGAACCGACGGCGACGACGACGCCGACGCCGACGACGCGCGCGCGGAACUGCGACACCGUGCGGGGGUACUGGACCGGGGACGCGCGCGCGCCGCCGAGCGCGAUGUAUUGGUCGGAGGACGGCCCCGGCGUCGGCGUCGACGCGUCCGCCGCGACCGCGCCGAACGCGAACGCGAACGCGAACGCGAACGCGAACCGCCGCGGAUACGAACCGACGUCGAGCUCGCCCGGCGGGGUGUCCAGGGAGGUGAUCGAGGCCGCGGCGCGGCUCGCGGUCGAGGCUGCGCUUGCGGCCGCGGCCGGCGGACGCGCGUCGGCGGCGCCGUCGCCGUCGCCGGAGCGUCCGCCGCGCGCCCGGCGGCGCGCGGAGGAGAGCUUCCAAAGCCGGUCGCGGCUUCUCGAGGCUCGCGACAGCAUCGAGCGCAUGUCGAUCCGGCCGCCCGCGGUGACGAAGACGGCGAAGCGCAAGAAGAAGAUCGACGGCGGCGCGAAGGGCGCGAAGGGCGCCGCGAGGGCGAGGCGCGCGGCGGCGUCGGCGGCGACGCGGUCGCUGGAGUCGAGACAAGCCGCGCAGCUGGCCGCGCUGGAGGCGGACGUCGAGGCGCUCACCGCGUGCCGCCGAGGACGCACGCACAUGACGUCGCUGAAGUCGUACUUCGCGUAG